AUGGGAGUGCGUGGUUUAACAACAUUCAUCGGUGCAAAUGCAGCAGUUUAUCUGAAGCCUUUCGAACUGCACGACUCCAAAUUGGUCAUAGAUGGCGACAAUCUGUGCCUGCAGCUGUUCAAACGAUCCCAAAACAGCGCGGUGGCGCUCGGUGGAAACUACGACGUUUACUAUCGGAUUGUGGUGGAUUUUUUCGAAAAGCUAAAACUGGUUAACGUUACUCCUUACGUGCUUCUAGAUGGUGGGUACGAAUCGCGAAAGAUGUCCGUCGUGCGGUACCGGAUGGUGCAAAGGAUUCAGAAAAUGAAAGGAUUCCACCUUGCCGCCAUCAGCCUCACUACGCCGCCCAUGUUACGUGAGGUGUUUGUCGAUGCAUUGAAGGCGUCGGGAGUUUCCUUCAUGCGCUGUGCCUUUGAAGCAGACGAUGAGGUGGCGAUUUUGGCCAGAAAACUUAACUGCCCAGUGCUGAGUUACGAUUCGGAUUUUUACAUUCAUGACGUUCAGUACAUACCGUUCGUAACGCUGUCGAACAAAGUGUUCCACAAGGUGUCGGACAAGGAAGGGGAAAACUUUAAGAUAGGCGUUAUUGACCGGAAGCAGCACAAGAAUGCAAAGCAUCGCUCCGAUGGUAUAAAAUAUGUCGCUCACUAUGGUGAUGAGGAUGCAAUUGAAGGUGAUGGAGUACAAACGUAUACCUAUCUAGACUGCUGCCUGUACACGAUCGACAAUCUAACUGGGCCACAUGAACGGCUCGGAAAAGAGAUGAUACCACUGUUUGCUGUACUGCUCGGGAACGAUUACAUCGAACGUAACGUGCUGAAGCCAUUCUAUCAGGCGAUACAGUCAGGUCGAGUAAAUCGCAAAAUCAACCGAUACGAGCGGCGUAUAAAGGUGCUGCUUAAGUGGUUACAAAAUCACACACUACAAUCGGCUACGCGGGCAAUUAUUUGCCACAUCAAAGGAGAACACAAGCUGACCGUCUACCGACAAAUUCUGACGGCGAUGCGUGGCUACAAUUGUGAGGACUGUACAGCUUUACAUUAUUUUGGGUUGCAGGAUAAUCAAGUGGUCGGUGCUCCAUUGGAAGAUCAAGAUCUUGAGCAAGAACUACAAACUCAAUUAGAAGAAGUUGAUGAAGGGGCAAAACCGGAAGGAGAGUUCGAUGUGGAAUGUUUGUUAGACAAUGAAGAUGGGAAUGAGAAUGUUCAGGACGAACCGAUGUCAGAGACUGACGAUGCAGAGGACAAUCAAUCGUCACUAAAUAAUUCUUGCGCGGAAGAAAGUGUUAAAGGCGAAGAGGGAAACACCCCUCCUUCUACCGAAGGAUCAAAUUCAGAUGAAGAAAUUAUAGAUGGCCAAGAUCCUCUAAUAGAGCAGGUUCUGAUACGCAACAAUUACACCGAUCGUAACUGGCCCGAAUGGUUUAAAGAACUUUAUCGUGACGCGAAAGUGCCACGCGUUUUGGCUGAUUUGUUGCAUUCAAAUUUCUACCUAAACUAUCCCCAAAUCGAGGACAUCCGGAAACCGGAUUCCAAUGCAUUAAGUCUACCGAUUUUGCGAACCAUUUUUGCAAUACUUAAAACUGGGUUCAAGGUUAAAACAACCGAAUUCAAAUACAUCACUAGAAUAAGAAACGGUACCGGAAUCAAAAACUUUUAUAUUAAAGACGUGUCUUUACCUGCAGGUACAGCAUACGAUCCGGUAAAAUUGCCCAACGUUAUCCUGCUGCAAAAGCUCUUCGAAGAGUCCGGUAUUGAACAGUGGCAAGACUUGUUUCGAACGAUUAAAAGCGUUCCCAGCAAUUUAAGGUUGUAUUUUUUGGCGAUGAUCUAUUGGGCUAAAAACUGUUGGAGCGUAAACCUGGCGCACGUACAUGCACUGAUUAUAUGCAUUUUACAGCUGCAAAUUAUUGACAAGGCGUUGAAAAGCAUGAACCGCAAUGUGGACCAGUUCCGGAAACAGAAUCAAUCAUAUCUGGAUCAGCAGCGAAAAACGAACCUAACGAACGGUAGUAAAGGCAAGGAGCAGAAGAACACCAAACCAUCUGGGGCUGAAUUUAAUCGAACGUUUUACAACAAGCUAACUGGUGGGACUUCCCGAGCUGAACUGAUGCUAGCGUACGAUGAGUUAAUACAUCAUUUUUCAAUUAAUGAAAAGCCUCCCGGUGAACGUAAAGUAACGAUUGACCCCGGUACCAUGCACACACUGGCCAACUUCCAGUCGGUUUGUUUCAACUUGUAUGCCCUGAUCCCGCUGUUAGGCUACCCGUACGAUAAUCUGCACAUGCACGAGCUGUACAACAGCGUGUUCGUGUACAACGUGUACGAUUGGAUAAAGGCACGUGCUGAUCUGUUUGAAUAUGAGCGUUCGGCCAUGUUUCGACACUCGCCGGCACUGUUAUCAGCGAUUCGAAUUAUGGUAGAAUAUGUACAAAAAUAUGUGCCAGAGCUGAAGGACCGGAAACGUGUGGCAAAGGCAAAGGUGAAGGCAAAGAAGCCAAACCAGGCGACACGACUAGCAAAACGAAACGCUCAGGAACAAGUAAGACCAGCGAAUGAUUGGGAAAAGCAGGAUAAUACGAGCGAAAGCGAAGAUGAAUCGUUUGUUGAUACAAAUAAUAAAUUUAGCCAGCUUUUGUUAGCUGCUUGA